UAGAGUCACGUGCCGUGCCGUCACGUCUAAUUUUAGAAACGGGACUUUAUACAUGUAACCUGUAUUUUUUCAGAGGGUGGCAUCAGUUGCGAGGUAUUUCUCCUGCAUAUUCGAUUCAGAUUGUACAAAAAUCAAGCUGUCCGACAGUAGAUGUUAUAGUGUAAUUUGUCCACCAACGGUAUUCAUGGAUUCCAAUGAGACGAACACAAUUUGCGUAUAUAACAUACCUCCUGGCAUCACAAAAGACGACCUUGCCCGACACUUUGAAGAACAAGGGGAGGUAAAGGGAAUAGCCUUUCCAUACAGGCGGCAGAACAACAAAGCAAAAAUAACAUUUAAAGAUGCCACAGCGGCCGGUCAAGCACUGAAGAAUAAAGAGCAAGUGAUAAAUGGACAGACCUUGAUCUUGAUACCCGAAAUUGAAGUAUCUCAGGACUGUACUGUGACUUUGAAUGACAAAUGGAUGAAAAAGAUGAGCAGCCACUUGGAAACAAUCACUGAGAAAGCGGCCAACUGUGACGUGAAAUUUGAAAAGAACGCGGACCGGAAAACCAGAGUUUCAAUGUACAGAGUUCGUGGUAAUUUCUACAGAGUUCAAUCUCUCCUUGCCGAGCUUGAAAGUUUGUACGACCACACCGUGGUUUUUAAGGGGCAGUUAUUGAAACCAAAGGAACAGAAUGGCGUAAAGGACGCCGUCGCAGCCGAAGGGGCCUCAACAAAAACCAAACCUGAAAAACACGCGCAUACCCCACGCCAGCAUGAUGACAUGAAACCGAUCCAAAAUCCCAAUUUGCCUUGUGUACAAGUCGUUGGUAUCCUGUACCAAUACAUCAAAACAGCUCGUAGGAGCUGGCUUCAGGAUCUGCAAGACAAGUACGCCGUCAGCAUCCUGAGCAAGGACAUAUUUGCUGGUAUAGUAAACCUAAGGUUUCAAGGCGAUGACAUUGACAAAUGCAAUUCUGCUAAGUGUGAAUUUUUGGCCCUUUAUGACAAAAUCUGCUCGUCAGCUUGUGUGGAAGAGAUUCCGUUGAAGUUGCAAGAUGAAGAACUAAACGUUCUUAUCGCGUUGAUACAAGAGGCCAUGAAAGAGAAGGACGUUCUUGCCAUAGCCAUUCCGGGAGCCCAAGCUGUCACGCUGGUUGGUGCAUCCGAUCAAGUCUGUGAGGCCAAGAAAAUGUGCCAGGAGCACAUGGCGAACGCCCAUGCUGUGUUUAAGACCCCAGAAUCGCCAGAUGCGUCCCCGAAAAAGACAUCGCCCUACUUUAAGUAUAAACAUGAAGGUGUCUAUGGUCGCAUGGUAUUUGUGACACACCAAGGCAUUACCAUAAAGAUAUACCAGGGAGACAUAGUGAAAGAACAAACCGAUGUCAUUGUCAACGCUGCCAAUGAGGCCCUUAAUCACGGCGGAGGAAUAGCAGAGGUCAUCGCCAAAGCAGCCGGCCCCAAACUUGAAGAGGAGUGCAAGAACAUCAUAAAACAACGCAGGCAGCUGAAUGUUGCUGAUGCAGUGGCUACAAAGGGCGGUCGACUGCCGUGUACAUUUGUCGUCCAUGUGGUGGGACCGCGAAAAUCUGAUUACAAAGACGCCACCAAAUGUUUCAGUGCCUUGAAACAGGCAGUGGUUAAUGUGCUGAUGGUGUCUAAUAAAACUCUGAAAGCGCGGUCAGUUGCCAUUCCUGCUGUAAGCUCAGGAAUUUUCGGGGUUCCAUUAGACCAGGUGUGCCGUGCUUUCUUUGAGGCUAUCAUUGAAUAUUCCAUGGAAUCCAACCAGACCAUGCGUUUGAGAGAUAUCCGCCUGGUCAACAUCGGCUAUGAAGUCACUUGCUGUAUGAAAAGCACUUUUCUGGAGCGUUAUAAUGGUUAAUAUUCCAUGAUUAUCCGCGAACGAAGCAAAAGGACAAUCAUGACGUACCGACAGUUUGUGUCCUACUGUGAAGAGCCACAUUAUUCAAGUGCAACAAAAUUGGGAUUAAAGAAUGCUCAUGUUAAUUACUAUUAACGCCUAAGAAAAAACUCGCCUCAUAGUAUUUGUGCUAGAUAAACAAUAAUUUGAAUAAUGCGAAGCAUAUAUAUAUAUAUAUAUAUAUAUAUAUAUAUAUAUAUAUAUAUAUAUAUAUAUAUAUAUAUACUGCAAAUGUACAGCAUUAUAUCUAUAUCUGCAAUUUUCAAAUACCAGAAGAUUGCCAUCUGCAACUCCUAUUAUCCGUUUUUGUAUGUUUAUGUUGUGUCAUUGGGAUUUAUGAAGUUGGCUAUAAACCUAUGGCUUGGAAUAAUGUGAAAAUGACCUAUACUCAGUGGUAACUGUGCAUAUUCAAUUGAUUCGCUAGCAGCAAAUUGUAACUUAGAUUCCACUGUAGACUUCGGUAAGCUAUAUUUCUAUUACCGUUAUAAUAAAGACGUGUAAAGGGGUCUAUGGGGACGAAAAACCUGAAGUAAUAAAGCUUGUAAAGGAGAUUUGGAUAGACCAAGGAACACACCAAGCUACCAAUACCAUAUCACCGUAAGGACUUUUAUACCCUGGCCAUUGUCAACUUUUCAGUAAUGAUUUAACCAAAUACAUCCAAAGAUUCACUUUUAAUGCUCUUCUUGAAAAUGAAAAUGUCUUUAAAAUUUUUAUAAAAUGUAUUUUAAAAUGUUUUAACCUCUGAUAUUUAUUUCUUAGAAUUACCAUUUUACCAUAAUUCAAUAUGUACCAUCCAACUUUUAUAAAUAAAUAAUAUUAUUAUAAAUAAAAAAUAAUAAAAAUUAU